AUGCCGACAGGGGACAGCAGGAAGACAGGGUCUGGGGGGAACGGAGGGGUUGGGGGGUGGGCAGGUGAGGUGGGGGGGAUGAGGGGAAUGGCAGGAGGAGGGAUCUGCACAAGUACGGUGCAGCGCAGGUCGGUCGUCGCCACAUCCCCGCCGCUCGUCGCCACAACCCCGUCACUCGUAGCCGCAUCCGCGCCACCCAUCGUCACCUCCUCGUCGCCCGUGGUCAGCGAUCCGCCGCCCGCCGUCGCUCUGCCCGUCGCAUUACCCCUGCCCCCUGCCCGUCACCCCCGCCCGUCGUGGUUGUUCGCGUGUGCAGCAGCGGUCGCUGUGGAGGGGGUGAGGGAAGAAGGGCAGGGAGUGGCGGCCGAACGCUGUGGGGGAGAGGGAAGCGGGGGAAGGGCAUGGCAGGACCGCCAGCAGCUACAACGCCAGCGCCACCGCCAGCAGAGACCCCCGCCAGCAGAGACCCCGCCAGCAGAGACCCCCGCCAGCAGAGACCCCCUCCAGCAGAGACCUCCGCCAGCAGAGACACCGCAGGCAGAGUCCCCGCCAGCAGAAUCCACCGCCAGCAGAGAUCCCGCCAGCAGCACCACCGCCAGCAGAGAGACCCCGCCAGUAGCUACACCGCCAGCAGAGAGACCCCGCCAGCAGCUACACCGCCAGCAGAGAGACCCCGCCAGCAGCUACACCGCCAGCAGAGAGACCCCGCCAGCAGAGACCCCCGCCAGCAGAGAGACCCCACCAGCAGCUCCACCGCCAGCAGAGAGACCCCGCCAGCAGCUACACCGCCAGCAGAGACCCCGCCAGCAGCUUCACCGCCAGCAGAGAGACCCCGCCAGCAGCUUCACCCCCAGCAGAGACCCCGCUGCAGGGACUACCGUGGGUGGGGCAGGGGUGUGGAGGCAGAAAGGGGGACCGGGGGGGUUAUUAAGAGGGGUUCGCCACGGGUGGCUCCCGCUCACCUCCUCUCCUCAUCCUCCUCUCACCUCUCCCUUUGUAAAAGGGGGUUAUUAA